GAACAAAUGUGUCGGACAUGAAUUUGGCGUGAAACCAGAAAAAAGGCAGAAAUAGAAAUUUCUGGUUACGCUUGGGCGUCAAAGUAUUGUCCGGAGCAAAAAAGAAUUCGUCGUGUUUCAGAGUUCUCUCUCGCGCCCUCCAUUUUGACUCUUCAAUUGAGAGUCGAUCGAUUUCGUGGGUCGGUCGAUUUUUCUCCUUCAUCACCCGAUCUCUCAUCUUUCAAGAUGGCUAGUGGGUUUGGGGAAUCAACCAGCAGGCCGCCCCAAAGCCCCUCGUUUGCUAGCAGCAGCAACAACAGCAAUGGAGAUGCAGGCAACUUCGAAUGCAAUAUCUGCUUUGACUUAGCUCAGGAUCCUAUCGUAACUCUGUGUGGUCAUCUCUUCUGUUGGCCAUGUCUCUACAAAUGGCUACAUUUCCACUCUCAGUGUCGGGAGUGUCCUGUUUGUAAGGCUUUAGUUGAGGAGGAAAAGCUGGUUCCUUUGUAUGGUAGAGGGAAGACAUCUACUGACCCGAGAUCAAAGUCCAUCCCUGGUGUUAAUAUCCCAAACCGUCCAGCUGGGCAGAGGCCCGAAACGGCUCCUCCACCAGAGCCGAAUAAUCAUUUUGCUCAGCAUGGGUUUGGUUUCAUGGGAGGUUUUGCACCUAUGGCGACUGCGAGGUUUGGGAGUUUUACUCUUUCUGCAGCAUUUGCUGGCCUCAUCCCUUCACUCUUCAAUCUACCUGGUCAUGGGUUUCCAGAUGCUGCUAUGUAUGGUGCUGCUAGUGGUUUUCCUUAUGGGUUCACUAAUUCGUUCCAUGGUGGCCAUGCGCAUAUGUAUCCACCAGAUCAUGGACAAGGCCAACAAGAUGUCAAUCUCAAAAGGCUGCUUUUCUUAAUUGCUUUCUGUGUUCUCCUUGCUCUGCUCUGGAAUUAGAAAUAAAUAUAUGUCCAUGAUAGCUUAAUUGCUAACAGGUGCUGCUAGGUUGUCAGCUACUUUGCCCAUGUAACUCUUUUAGUAUGUUUUUCUGAUUCAGAAAAUACCCUACCCACCUUUAGUCUGUCCUUCACUCUGGUGCGAAUGCAAAAAUGUCCAUAAGUGCUUUGUUCACUACUCUUAUAGCUCCUUCCCUUUUUUCUCUUGCACCAAGUAUGUGGAGUGCAGAUCACUGUUAUUUCUUCAGCUUCCCUUAUGUUGUACUGUGUUUGGAUGUAUCAUGUUGGUGGAGCCAAAUGUUUGUGACUUUUGUAAAUUCAUUCUUCAUUUUCAUGAUAUUCUGAUUACUUAGGACCUCCCUUGUGAAGUCCCUUCUUUUUUCUUUGCUGCUAUGAUAUGAACUUCAAUCUGGUUUAUCUUCA